AUGGCGGAGCAGCAGCAGCUAGGGCCCACGCAGAUAUCGGUGAAGGACAUUCCGCGUCUGCCAGUGGAGCAGGUGCGGCAGAUCCGAGAGCAGGUGGAGGGCGAGGUGAAAAUGCUCUCCGACUCUCUCGCCUCGCUGCGCGCUGCCCUUGCCCGCAUCGAUGCCUCGCGCGCUGCUGUGGAAGCCAUGGCGAAACAACAGGAAGGUGCGAGCAUGCUGGUCCCUCUGACCGGUUCCAUGUACAUCGCUGGCACCGUCGCUGAGCCCUCCCACGUGCUCAUUGACGUCGGCGCCGGCUACUAUAUCGAGAAGUCAGUGGAGGAGGCGAUGGGGUACUGCAUGCGCAAGGCGGAGCUGCUUAGAGCCAACCACGACAAGUUCAGCGAGGUGGCGCGUGCCAAGAGGCAGCUACUGGAGGAGGUGACGAUGGUGCUGCAGGCGAAGCCGUGCAGUAGCAGGGCGGGGGAGCAGCAGCUGUUGCUGGAGCAGCAGGGGCAGCACCGGCUUGCAGAGUACAGGCAGCCUCGUGAUCUGUGUGCCUGGCUGUGCCUGCAUUGCAAGCCUGCUGGCGAUGCUUCUGCUUGA